AAGACGGUACUAUCUUCCCUGUCUCCGGGAUUUGAGGAGUGUGUCUACACCAAUGCACGAGAACUUCCACGAAAAAGCACGAAUUGCAACAUUUGCGCGCUGAACCACAACUUACUUCUGCAUCGGCGUAGGGAUCUUGAGCCGGAUUCAGCAGAGGAGAAAGGCUACAUCAUUGCCAUGAAGCGAGCUUUUCGUGAUGGUGUCGAAUCUCUACGGUAUUAUUACGCCUCCCACACCCGUAUUGAUGUGCUCGAGGUGAUGGUAGUCCGGCCCAGGAUCGUGGGUGAGUUUGGGCGCUGUGCUUACAGAACCUGACGACUGAAAUGUCCAUGACAGAAACUUCAGACCGCUCCAGACCUUUGUGGACACCAGGGAACCGAGUUUCUUUUGCUUCCAGAAUGCGGCGCCUGAAAGAGCUGCUCCAUGAGUGCUGGGAUUCCCACGAGGACUGCAACCCAGGUUCAACAGUGUUACCGACACGAUUGGUCGAGAUCACUGCAGAAGGUCAAGAUGGUUUCUAUCUACGUCUAGUGGAUACCGACUUGCUUGAUUCCACAAAGAUCCGGUAUUCCGCCUUGAGCCACUGCUGGGGAAGCGCGAGCAGCGGGCCAAGCAAAACCACCCAGGCCAAUCUGUACUUAUAUCGACGACGGAUACCCUACUCCGAUCUCACUCAGACCAUCAAAGACGCGGUUCGGGUGACGUCGGCUCUGGACAUGCGAUAUCUUUGGGUCGACAGCUUAUGUAUCAUUCAGGGAGAUGCCAAGGAUUGGGAGACCGAGGCGACCAGAAUGGCAGGGGUUUUCGGUGGCAGCGACUUGACCAUCGUUGCAAACGCCUCGUCUGAUGCGCAUGGCGGUCUCUUCUUGGACUCGGUAGCACCAGCGGUGGUUGUUCGUGGCCAGGCGGAUGCCAAUGUUUCUGACUCUUGGCUCCUCAGAUGGCACCCGGCAGAUUUGGAUGUCCUCAAGGCCUCGGUGUUGAGGACUCGAGGAUGGGUUUUCCAGGAGCUUUGGCUGCCGAGGAAGAAAGUGUUUUUCGAGAUGGACCAGUUUGUCUGGGACUGUCGGCACAGGUUAGCCGCCGAGGACGACUCUCAUCAUUCACCAGAGGGUCAACGGGCUUCACCCACUGAUCCAAACCCCUCGAUGGCAUGGCAAAGGGUUGUAGGCGCUUAUAGCCAAAAGAACUUCUCAUAUCGAAGUGACAGGUUGGCUGCCUUGGCCGGCCUCACGCAGUGGUGGUCACUUGAAUGCAAACAAGCGUCAUUUCUGGGGAUAUGGAAAGAGACCCUGGCGCGCGAUCUGGCCUGGGCACUUACACCGGAAGAUGGUCCAGGAAAGGACACGAUUCCGCCAUCGAAAUCGGCCAUACCUGGCGUGCCUUCGUGGUCAUGGUUCAGCUGGGAUUGCGGAGUGUCGUUCUGGUCACCGAAGGCCGGGGAAUCGACUGGACUGGACCUUCAGCUUUUGGACUGCGAUGUGCGAUGGAGAGGCGAGGCAAUGACCUCCGAUAUUCUCAUGACGAGGCUUCGUGUCAGAGGGCUGUUAAAGUCUCUGGAACUCGUGCAUGAGGUUUCGGAGGAUGAAAGCGCACGUUUGAGUGUGGAGAACUACACAACUGUAGAAUGUCACAUCACAGUGGAUGAGUUCGGGUCUUACAUCCUCACACACGAAGACGCCUCGAGAAUUGAGACGGCUGACUGCUUACUACUGUCUUGUAGUGUUGGUGAAAAGACUGCAAUGUCAUUCAUGCUGGUGAAGCGCUUGGCCAUAGUUGAAGGGUUUCAAGUAUGCCAACGCUAUGGCCUCGAACUUGUCUGAGUAGCGUCCUCAUACCGUACACAAUAUCCCUGAUUGAGAAACCAAGAUCGUGAAGAAGGCCGUCUGGUGUACGAUUCCGCAUUUGCCCGCGGCCUGGGAUUGCGCGGUGUAUCUUUGCCGAAGAAGCCUGCCGGGAGAAAUCGGAUGGACAACUCCCCCCUUCACACUGUUCUGUGGGAUGUUGCCCCUCCAUCCACUUUCUCUUCCCAUCUUCGAAUGGUCCAAGUGCGGAACAAAUCGAAUCCAGUUCUUCGUCUUCUCUCGGAUCGCCCUCUCUGGCAUGCGGAGAUUCAUCCACAAUUUGCCCUUGACCAGUUCCAUGGUCGGCCUGUGAGGGAGCGAAAUGCCUCGACCACCCGAGGAUGGGGCUGUCGGAAUCCAAAACAUCUUUUACUUGAACAGUUCAUCUUUCUGUCUUGUAAAUAUGUUUAUGCGAUCUCUCCCGAGAUAAUGUAGGUAAAAUUUCAGGCAGAGAAGGGGGAUCAAA